CGUUACAUUCGUUCAUAGGAUUCUGGACAAAGGUGUUAGCGGAAGUUCCAUUGCUUGCUUUAGCUAACUAUCGAAGUCUGACGACUGUUUUUACUCCGUUUUUGCAGAAUUUUGAAUCUUUACCUGUUACAAAAUGCGUGAGUGUAUCUCGGUUCAUGUUGGACAAGCUGGAGUCCAGAUCGGUAAUGCCUGUUGGGAAUUGUAUUGUCUGGAACAUGGCAUCCAGCCUGAUGGCCAGAUGCCAUCUGACAAAACUAUUGGGGGAGGUGAUGAUAGUUUCAAUACCUUCUUCAGUGAGACUGGUGCAGGAAAACACGUGCCCAGAGCAGUUUUCAUUGACUUGGAACCUACAGUAGUUGACGAAGUACGUACUGGUACGUACCGUCAAUUGUUCCAUCCAGAGCAGUUAAUCACUGGCAAGGAAGAUGCAGCCAACAAUUACGCUCGUGGUCACUACACGAUUGGAAAAGAAAUCGUCGAUCUCGUGUUGGACCGUAUCCGUAAAUUGUCUGAUCAAUGUACUGGUCUCCAAGGAUUCCUGAUAUUCCACUCCUUCGGUGGUGGUACUGGCUCUGGAUUCACAUCACUCUUGAUGGAGCGUCUCUCUGUAGACUAUGGCAAGAAAUCCAAGCUGGAAUUCGCUAUCUACCCUGCUCCUCAAGUCUCCACAGCUGUUGUCGAGCCAUACAAUUCUAUUCUCACAACACAUACCACUCUUGAACAUUCCGAUUGCGCAUUUAUGGUCGACAACGAAGCCAUUUACGACAUCUGCCGUCGUAACUUGGACAUCGAGAGACCCACUUACACGAACUUGAAUAGACUGAUCGGCCAAAUUGUAUCCUCUAUUACCGCUUCCCUGCGAUUUGACGGCGCUCUGAACGUGGAUUUGACGGAAUUCCAGACGAAUUUGGUACCUUAUCCUAGAAUUCAUUUCCCGUUGGUAACUUAUGCGCCAGUCAUCUCCGCGGAGAAGGCGUAUCACGAGCAACUCUCUGUAUCAGAGAUUACUAACGCCUGCUUCGAGCCUGCAAACCAGAUGGUUAAAUGCGACCCACGUCACGGCAAAUACAUGGCUUGCUGCAUGUUGUACAGAGGUGAUGUCGUGCCCAAGGACGUGAACGCGGCUAUCGCCACCAUCAAGACUAAGCGUACCAUUCAGUUUGUUGAUUGGUGCCCCACUGGAUUCAAAGUUGGCAUUAAUUACCAACCUCCGACCGUAGUACCUGGUGGCGAUCUUGCCAAGGUACAACGAGCCGUCUGCAUGUUGUCCAACACUACUGCUAUCGCCGAAGCUUGGGCCCGUCUUGACCACAAAUUCGAUUUGAUGUACGCCAAGCGAGCCUUUGUCCACUGGUACGUCGGAGAAGGUAUGGAAGAAGGAGAAUUCUCUGAAGCCCGAGAAGAUCUUGCGGCUCUCGAGAAAGACUACGAGGAAGUUGGUAUGGACUCCGCAGAAGGUGAAGGGGAAGGUGCCGAAGAAUACUAAGAUGGCAUUUUGAUAUAAUGAGUUUUUUUUUUGCAAUAAAGAAUCUGAUUUCUAUCAGCAA